GUAAUAUUUUUUAUUGUUGAAAGAGAGGAAAUCAAUCUCCGCGUGCGUCAAAGACGACUCCAUCGAUUUAUUUCUCUCCCGAACCUCCCUCAUCAUCAUCUCCAUUUUCAUCUCUUCUUCUCUAUCUCAAUAAUACAAUGGGAUUGGCGGCCAACCUCCGCAUACUCGCCGUCCUCCUCUGUUUGGCGGCGGCGCCGCCUCCAGUCUCCGCCAACUCCCUCAAAACUUUCACUGCCAAAUACGGAGCCUUCGACGACAACACCCUAUUCGCCACAACCCCUGCUUCUCUCAUCGGCCGAGACGCCCUCCAAGUAACCCCAGACACAAUCUCCGAUAUCAUCAACUUAACAAACCAGUCCGGAAGAGUCCUCCUCAAACAACCAUUCAAGCUCUGGAAAGGUCCCAACAACAACUCCUCUUCCUCAGACAGGGUCGCCUCUUUCAACUCCUCUUUCCUCAUCAACAUCUUUCGCAUAAACAACAAUCCUGCCGGUGAAGGACUUGCCUUCGUUCUAGUCCCCGAUACCAACCUCCCUAACAACAGCUCCGGCCAGUAUUUAGGCCUCACUAACUCCACCACCGACGGCUUAGCCUCCAACCGCCUCAUCGCCGUCGAGUUCGACACCUUUAAACAAGACUACGACCCAGAUGACAAUCACGUUGGACUCAAUAUCAACAGUGUCGAAUCUAAAAAAGCUGAGUCCUUGAACCAAUCCGGCAUCCAAUUAUCUCCUACUGGAGCUAAGUUUUACAACGUCUGGGUUGAGUACGAUGGCGUGAAAAAAACCAUACAAGUUUACAUCAUAGAACAACCCGAGAAAGAUGGGGCGACCCCUCCCAGGCCUGACUCGCCGGUCCUCGAGGAGGCUCUCGACCUGAGAGGGGUGGUGGAUCAGAUCUCGUAUUUUGGGUUCUCUGCAUCCACUGGGAACACCAUAGAGCUCAACUGUGUACUCAGAUGGAAUUUGACUGUGGAGUACUUUUCAGACGACAAUGGUCCGUUGAUCAAGAUCUUGCUCGGGGUUGGGUUGCCGGCGGUGGCCGUGGCCGUGGCUGCAGCCGUGGCGGUGGCCUAUUAUCGCCGCCGCAAGAAGCGGUCUAUGCCAAUCAACAUAUUGGGGGCGUUGAAGAGCUUGCCGGGGACACCUAGGGAAUUUGAAUUCAAGGAUUUGAAGAAGGCGACCAAUAAUUUUGAUGAGAAGAACAAGUUGGGGCAGGGUGGUUAUGGUGUUGUGUACAAAGGACUGCUUCAAAAUGAGGGUUUGGAGGUGGCUGUGAAGUGGUUUUCUAGGGGGGAUUUGAAGGAUCAGGGUGAUUUUUUGGCCGAGCUUAUGAUCAUCAAUCGACUUCGUCAUAAACACCUUGUUCGAUUGCUGGGAUGGUGUCACAAGAAUGGAAAGCUGCUAUUAGUAUACGACUACAUGCCCAACGGUAGCCUUGACAUGCACCUCUUCAGUGACUCUAAUAGCAAGCCACUGAGCUGGAACCUGCGUUACAACAUCAUCUCCGGGGCGGCCUCCGCCCUGCACUACCUCCAUAACGAAUACGAUCAGAGGGUGGUCCACCGUGAUCUCAAGGCCAGCAACAUCAUGCUUGACUCCAACUUCAAUGCCCGCCUUGGUGACUUCGGCCUUGCACGCGCCCUUGACACUGAGAAGACCUCGUACACCGAAGCUGAGGGCGUGCUAGGCACGAUGGGCUACAUUGCACCCGAAUGCUUCCACAUGGGGAAGGCAACACAGCAAUCUGACAUCUACGCAUUUGGUGCAGUCUUGUUGGAAGUGGUCUGUGGGCUAAGGCCCGGAACCAAGGUUGGUGGGUUCCAAUUCUUGGUGGAUUGGGUCUGGUAUUUGCACCGCGAAGGGCGGUUAUUGGAUGCUGUGGAUAAGAGGCUAGGGGAGGAGUACGUGGUCGAGGAAGCUGAGAGAGUGUUGCUUUUAGGGUUGGCAUGUUCGCAUCCAAUCGCCAGUGAAAGGCCUCAAACACAGGCAAUUGUUCAGAUCAUAUCAGGUUCAGUGGCAGUGCCUCAUGUGCCGCCAUUCAAGCCGGCUUUCGUGUGGCCGUCGAUGCCAAUGGGAUUGGAAGAUAUUAGCCAGGCCACCACCACCAUGACGAACACAACCUCCUUUUCUAUUUCAACGUCCAACUUCGGUACAGGAUCGACUUCACAAUAUGUCAGCCGAGACAGCAACUUUAAUUUGGUUUAGUAUCUUUUGUAAUUUUUUUCCUUUCAAUUUUUCUUUUUUUUCUUAUUUCCUGUAAUGUAUCUACUCUGUUUUGUUUAUGGAAAAUACUGAAAAGACUCUCCGAUGCUGUGGAUAAAAUUUUGAUUGAAAUGUAUUUUAAAGAAAUAUAGUAUAAUGUAUACAAAUAUGUAAAAUGUAUAUUUUAGAGUUUUAUCCUUUAUUUAUUUAUGAA